GGUCGAGGCCGUGGACAAAUGGGCGAAUAUGGAGGCAUGCAGAGACCUGGAAUUGUUGUGGACUAUCAAAACAAGUCCAGUUUUGGUGGACCUGCUGGAAGAGGGAUGAAGAGAAAGAUGCCGCAGCCACUUAAUAAACCUGUUGGGGCGUUUGUUAACAAGAAACCGAAAUUGGCAAAACCUGAUGCAAAAACUGAAGGUAAAAACGAAGAGGAAGAAAAACGCAGAGUUGAAGCCAGAAGAGAGAAACAAAGACGGCGUAGGGAGAAAAACAGUGAAAAAUAUGGUGAUGGCUACAGGAUUGCGUUUACCUGUUCAUUUUGUAAAUUCCGUACAUUUGAAGAAAAGGACAUUGAAGCUCACUUGGAAAGUACUACUCACCAGGAAACAUUGGAUCAUAUUCAGAAACAAACUAAAUUUGGCAAAGUUGUCAUGCAGUUCUUACACGAGUGCAUGGUGAAUAAGUUUAAGAAAACUGCUAUGCGUAAGGCACAAACUAACCAGAAUGAGGCGGCAAAAAUUGCAGAAAAGGAUAUUUUGGAAGGCGUUUCUGCCGAAGAACACAUGAUGAAAGUGGAGACAGUGCAUUGCAGUGCUUGCAGUGCGUAUGUUCCUGCUUUGCAGAGUUCUGUGCAACAGCAUAUCAAGUCAUCAGAUCAUGCAAAGAGCAAACUGGCAUAUAAGGAACUAAUAAAAAGGGAGAGCGUUCUGACUGCUACAAGCAUCCUAAAUAAUCCAAUAGUUAAGUCGCGAUAUGAACUCUUUGCCAAGGGUGAAAAUCCGUUCGAACUUGAACAAGCGUCCGAGGAAGCAGCCGAGGAAGCAGCUGAAGUAGUUGAGGAAGCUGCAGAGGUAAAUGAGGACAAUGAGGAGGUCCAGGAAGAAGUCAAUGAGGAGGAAAAUGAGCAAAACGAAGAAGAGGAAGUUGAUGAAAAUGAGGAAGAGUCUAAUGAUGUGGAAGCUGCAGAACCUAAUGAUGACCCGACGACGGCAGAAGAAAAUUGA